UAAUUCUCUUUAGCUUCAAAUAUUUUCAUAUUUUUUUUCCAAUUCGAGGCAAUGGAAUCUGAUACAUGUUCUAAUCUUGAGAAUUUGAAAUUGAGUAACAAAGAAGAUCAUGACAUAAUAACUCUGAGGUUACUAGACCUAACAGAUGUUGAUGAUUUUAUGGAAUGGUUUGGUGAUGACAACGUUAGUAAAUUCUGUUCAUGGGACACUUUCAAAUCCAAAGAAGAUGCAAUAUCAUACGUAGUUGAUGUUGCAAUUCCACAUCCAUGGUUCAAAGCAAUUUGCUUAAAUGGCAAACCAAUUGGUACAAUUUCAGUUUCACCUUUUCAUGGUACUAACAAAUGUAGAGGUGAACUUGGUUAUGUGAUAGCAUCAAAGUAUUGGGGCAAGGGGAUUGCCACAAAAGCAGUGAAGAUGGCGGUGUCCGCCAUCUUCGUAGAUUGGCCCCACUUAGAGAGACUUGAAGCUGUGGUGGAUGUUGAUAAUCCAGGAUCACAAAGGGUGUUGGAAAAAGUGGGUUUUAAAAAAGAAGGUGUUUUGAGGAAAUAUUAUUUACUUAAAGGGAAAACAAAAGAUAUUGUUAUGUUUAGUAUUUUAUCUAGUGAUCAAUAAGUUACCAAAAGAAAAAGGAAGGAAAAUUCAUGGA